UUCAAUCUCUAAUUUCAAUAUUUUAUCAAUACAUUCUUUCUAUAUAUUGCCCGAACUUUCCAUUCUUUCUAUGCACAAAUUUGGAUUUCCUUUAGUUGAAAAUCUUCUUUAAAGUGAUCCUUGGUGCCUGAUUUUAAUAGACAAGUCAAUCAACAUUUGGUUUUAAAUAUCAUAAUAUUCGUAUAAGUUAUUGAAUUUUAAAUAUAAUCGUGCUAAUUAAUAUCUUUGGAGCACUUCUUAAUAAAUAAAAAAAUACUAAUUAAAAAAGAGCAUUUUCUAUACUUUUAAAAAGACAGGGGGUAGAUGGAUAGAGAAUCCAACAAAUAUCCAUUCAUGACUUUAGUAUAACUAGAAGCCUUAGGAUAGGGGUAGAUAUUAAUUAUACUCUUGAGGGUAAAAUGGGAAUAAUAUCAUCUAAUAUAUUCCACUUCAUUCUAGUACUCCCUCACACUCACUCUUGAGACAUACACAAACAAUGUCUCUCUGCAAAACAAAGAAAGAGACACACAACAGCCUCAUGCUCAGCUUGAAUUAGAGAGACCAACAUCAUCAUCAUUUUAUCCUUUAAGUUUGGAAGAAAUAACCACGGUGUUUGUGAAAGAUGUCUCGGAAAGAGUUACAUGUGUAUCACGGAAAAAAUAGGAGAAUGGAUGAUCCUAUAAGGAACUCUCCACAGGAAACUCCAACCAAUCAUUUCCAGGCCACACCCUUCAAGCGUAAUCGACCAGAGAUUUCGAGUUCAUCAACUGCACCUCCUGUGCAAUAUUCUAGAAGGAAUCUGCCUAGUUCUUCUGGAGGUGUGGGCAUGGAUGAUAUGUGGACAUCAUUUUUUACUGAGAUCAGUGGCAGUGGUGAUGAUGAUGCAUCGUUAAUCUGGCAUGACAAUUUUCCACUUGGAGACCUUAUUGACAAGCAUUUCAGUGUGGAAAAGUAUCAUGAAAAAGUAAAGGAGUUGGGAUUUGAAAAGGCACUCCAAACCAGCCUGGAGGAUUGCAUUCGAAUGACCUUUCUUCUUCGUGUCAUUGGGAAAAAGUUUAGCGAUAUUGAAAAGGAAAAUAAAGCUUUUGUUGAAGAGAUUGCUGAGUUGAAAAAUUUGAUGAUCAGUCUUAAAGAUGAACGGGAUAAUUUAAAGAAAUCUUUGGACGAAUUAAGCGUGGAAAGUUCCGCAAGUAAUGUCAAAGAUAAUCAGAGGGUUUAAGCAAGCAGACUUAAACCUUGAUGUUUUGGGACUCCUUGGCUUUUUGUAAACUCAUGUAUAUAUUAUGUUUUAGUUAUUCUGCUAGUUACGUUGAACAUGUAUAUUAUUAUAUUUUGCUCAUGUAUAAAUUCAUAACUAUUAUAUAUGUUUUUGUAAA